ACUUUCUUUCCCUUCUCUCCGCCGUUCCGCUACCUUAACGUUUUCCGCCUGCUUUCCCCCCUAUCACACAGUCAACAGGAUCAGAUGGAUUACUCGUACUACUCCGGUCCUCAGCCCCAGCCUUUCCCCCUCUACGGCCUCCCCGCCGGGCUGCCCACGCCCGAGCACCAUCAAUCCGCGCCCCGUCCGGACAAUCUUCAGGACACCUUCACCUCUCUCCAAAAUUAUCAAUCCUUCGACCCGUCUUUUCGCUUCCAAAACCCCGCCGGCCAGUCUUUUGUCCCUCCGCCACAUUCCCCGCCCGAGUCUUUUUCCAAACAUUCAGUUUCCAGCAAUGAGCCUUUCAAUCACACAGAGCCAACCUCGGUGGAUGGUGGAGAUGAUCGCAUGGGAGACCCGCAUUUAGGGAGGAGCAGCAGUGAAGAAAAAGAGGGCACAACCCCGGCGCAAACGAAGCGGAAGGCGCAAAAUCGCGCUGCCCAGCGUGCAUUUCGGGAGCGAAAGGAACGACACGUGCGAGAUCUGGAGGACAAACUCAACAGUUUGGAAGAAGAGUCCAACUCUCUACUAGCCGACAACGAGCGCCUGAGACGAGAACUGGCGAAAUUCACGACCGAGAAUGAGAUUCUUCGCGCAACGUCCGGCUCGCUCGGCCGAUCAAACAAUCAACCGGACUCCGGACCCAUCACGACGGGACCCCUGAGGUACUCGCCUACGGAUUUCUACUCCAAUAUCGUCCCCAACGGCGAACCGGUCCGUCGCCACCGCGUCUUGGUCUGCAGCGAAACGGGCGAGAAGCUGCUUGAUGUCAGCACGACCUGGGAAUAUAUUCAGAAUCAUGAGCUGUUCAAGCAUGGCCUCGUUGAUAUCGCGCUGGUCGCCGAGAAACUCAAGGGUCUGGCCCAAUGCGACGGGCAGGGACCGGCUUUCCGUGAGAGCCAAGUGCGCACGGCGAUUGAGGAGAGUGCCGCGGACGACAAUGAUGGGCUGCUAUGAGAUGUUUAUCCGAAUUUGCGUAGUUCUACGACGUGACGUCUACCCCUUUGUUAUUGCUUGUCUUUUUCUUUGAUUCUUUCUUCCUGUCCUUUUCCUUCUAUACGCGAAUGUUUCUGGUUGCGAGGCGCUUCACCGAUGGAUACAUUAUCAGGAUUGAUGGAUAUACUUUGGCAUUGAUAUUUGGAGCUCGACACCUUUGGGUCCUUGAGCAAUUGGGUAUACGAUAACGGGUCUUUUCGACUGGCCCUGGAGUCAAUGGAGAUAUAGGAGCAUGCAUUGGACAUGGCCUUUUAUGUGUGCUGUUUCAUUUGGAGAUAUCGGUUUUGUUGUGAUCGUCGUAUGUCGAACGUUUCAUGUAUGAUUGUAGCGUUCCGCGUAGCUGUCUUCGAUGCUUUGAAUGUAGGAUUGGCUUCUCUCGAACAACAGUCUUCUCUUGCGAAAAGAACAUAUUGACAUCUCUGUAGCAUGCACAUCAUUGGUGGACUUUUUUCUCUCGGGACCUCCUAGCAAAACACGCGAAAUAUGAAUGCUCUAGCAGCGCAGGAUAAUUCCCAUGUCUAGCAUAGCACCCAGAAUGUCGUCCAGAUAGCGCAGAUGGGGUAUAGUAAUGAAUGUGAUUCUUCAACAAGUCACCGAUCUCCAGGAUCAGGCAGUCGUGAUAUUUCAUGGUUUGUAUUAUUUUAGAAUAGACACUCCUUCAGUCCCAGUCGUCAUCGUCAUCCUCUACCUGGGGUUUAUUCUUAGCCGGUCGUUCAUCAUCCGACUCAUCCGACCGCUUUUUCAAUCGAAUAUCACUUUCUUUAAUGGCACCGAGGUCCAGAAGCAUCCUCUCGAGAUCU